AUGUACAUCCUCAAUCCCAGACUCAGAUUUGUCUACGUUGCCUCUCGCCGCCUACAGGCCUCAAAAAGGCUAUUGUCGAACUCAUGUGCAACCAGGAAAAAGGUGCCGCGGGGUUUCAGCAGGGGCAACGUGGCGCUCGUUUCUGGCGUAGUGUUUGUGGGCACAUACGUCACCUUGACCCUGUCCAAGCACUAUAAAUUGGACAGCGUGCCGCCCUCGUUGUCGGCCAGCAAUGUCCUGAAAAUGACGAAUGCUCCCCUGCUGAAAUCUGCACCUUCAGAUACCGAGAGUGGCUUGUUCCAGUCAGCAACAAGCUCGAUGCUCCAGAAGAAUGGAUUGGGCGCACAGCAACACAAAGAAGGCGUGUUUCUCUUGAACGAGGAGCAGGUCAGUGCCAAAUUGAGGCAAUUUGAAGAAUCCUACUAUGUGAGCCGUGGCAAGGGCGUCACACGGUACGAUAUUUGCCAACUUCCAUCAAACUCGCCCAUCGAGGACGACAGAGCGGAGGAGAUUGUUCAGGUACCGAUUUUGCAAGACAACAACAUCAAGACCUCGACAGACUGGAUGUUUUUCGGUGUGUUCGACGGCCAUGGUGGCUGGACUACGUCGUCGAAGUUGAGAGACCAGUUGAUUCUGUACAUAGUUCACGAGUUUGGCACGAUUUUCAAGCCGGCAAAGGAGGAAAACCUUCGCUAUGUGCCAAGCAGCUCAACGAUUGACCAAGCCAUCAAAAACGGCUUCCUCAAGUUGGAUCACGAAAUCGUAAACAAGAACAUCGAGAGACUCUUGAACGAUAAUAACAAAGCGAAGGCUGCAGAAUUAUUAAUGCCUGCCUUGUCUGGGUCCUGUGCUUUGCUUUCGUUUUACGACACCAACUCAAAGACCUUGAAAGUCGCAGUCACCGGUGAUUCCCGGGCGCUUCUCGGUUCUUUCAAGGAAAAUAAAUGGACUGUGCGUCAACUCAGUAUCGACCAAACAGGCUCCAAUUUUACCGAGGUAGCGAGGAUCAUUUCCGAGCAUCCGGACGAGCCAAAUGUUAUAAGAAAUGGGCGUGUCUUGGGUACUUUGGAGCCAUCGAGGGCUUUUGGCGACUGCCGCUACAAACUCCCUGCAUCAAUCCAGGAAAAGAUUUACAAGCAGUUUUUCGGCAGAAAACUCCCGAACAACUUGAGAUCUCCGCCUUAUGUCACCGCUGAGCCAGUUAUCACCACAACAAAAAUCAGCCCGGAGAACAACGAUUUCUUGGUGAUGGCGUCCGACGGCCUCUACGAAAUGCUCUCCAACGAGGAAAUUGUGGGUCUUGUUGUAAAGUGGAUGGAAAAAGAAAAGAUGGUCAAACCAAACAAAUCAUUCUGGAAUUUCUUCGGAUCCAGCGAAAAAGGCUUGCCAGAAGUUGCCGAUAUUACAAAUGACAAAAGCAGCAAACAACCAUUUCGCAAAAAUAGACAGUCCUCGCACGGCGGGUUUCUCAUGGAAGAUAAAAAUGUGUCCACGCACUUGAUCAGAAAUGCGUUGUCUAAUGGUGGUUCCCGUGAACAGACCCUGAUGCUUAUUUCGAUCCCAAAUCCUGUUUCCAGACGCUACAGAGAUGACUUGACUGUAACCGUUGUGUUUUUCGGGAAAGACAAGAAGCAAGACGAAAAUGGCAAAUUGGAAAUCAAUCCCGCAGCCACCGCGGGAGGAAUCAAUGCGAGCAAGCCCAAAUUAUGA